CCGGAGCCUCUGAUUGGCUUUCAGGCUGGCGCCUGUCUUUUCUCCGCUCCAGUUUCGGGCUGGUUGGCGCGGAAUCGAGAGACUCCGGGACCAUGGCGCCUGUGCACGGCGACGACUCUGUGUCAGAUUCAGGAAGUUUUGUAGCUUCUCGAUCCCGACGAGAAAAGAAAGCAAAGAAAGGGCGCCAGGAAGCUCUAGAAAGACUGAAAAAGGCUAAAGCUGGUGAGAAGUAUAAAUAUGAAGUUGAGGACUUCACAAGUGUUUAUGAAGAGGUGGAUGAAGAACAGUAUUCGAAGCUGGUGCAGGCACGCCAGGAUGACGACUGGAUUGUGGAUGACGAUGGUAUCGGCUACGUGGAGGAUGGCCGAGAGAUUUUUGACGAUGACCUUGAGGAUGAUGCCCUUGAGUCCCGUGAAAUAGGAAAAGAUGAUAAAGCACGCAACAAAGAAAAGAGGAAUGUAAAGAAGAGUGUGGUGACAAAGCCAAACAGUAUCAAAUCAAUGUUCAUUGCUAGUGCUGGGAAGAAAACUAUAGAUAAAGCUGUAGACUUGUCCAAGGAUGAUGUGCUAGGUGACAUUCUACAAGAUCUGACCACUGAGACACCUCACAUAACUCCACCAGCUGUAAUAAUACCAAAGAAGAAAAGAUCCGGUGGAGCUUCCCUGAAUCCUUUUUCUUUGCACACCCCCAAGGCAGCUCCUUCAGGCAAAACUGCUUCCCCUGUCUCAAGGAAGGAGCCUCUAUUAACUCCGAUUCCUCUUCAGCGUGCUGAAUUUGCUGGAGAGCCAGUGCCGGCUGAAUUGUGUACACACAACAAGGAGGAGUCGGGGGCAAUAGAUUUUGAAGAUGGCGACUUUGAUGAACCCAUGGAAGCUGAGGAGGUGGUUGCGGAGCCUGUGGCUGCUAAGACCUGGAACCAAGAGAGCGAGCCGGCAGAGGUGGUGAAACAGGAGGCAGAUCCUGGGAAAGGGACCACGUCCUGCUUAGGAGGUUUUCUCCCAGAUGUCUCUUGUUGGGACAUCGAUCAGGAAGAUGACAGCAGUUUCUCAGUGCAGGAAGUUCAAGUGGAUUCCAAUCACCUGCCACUGGUAAAAGGGGCAGACGAAGAACAAGUGUUUCAGUUUUAUUGGCUGGAUGCUUAUGAAGAUCAGUACAGCCAACCAGGUGUAGUAUUUCUGUUUGGCAAAGUUUGGAUCAAAUCUGCUGAAACCCACGUGAGCUGUUGCGUUAUGGUGAAAAACAUUGAGCGAACGCUCUACUUCCUGCCCCGUGAAACGAAAAUUGAUCUAAACACAGGGAAAGAAACAGGAACUCCAGUUACAAUGAAGGAUGUUUAUAAUGAAUUCGAUGAGAAAAUCGCAGCAAAAUAUAAAAUUAUGAAGUUCAAGUCCAAGAUAGUGGAAAAGAACUAUGCUUUUGAGAUACCUGAUGUUCCAGAAAAAUCCGAGUACUUGGAAGUUAGAUACUCGUCUGAAAUGCCACAGCUUCCCCAGGAUUUGAAAGGAGAAACUUUUUCUCACGUGUUUGGGACUAACACAUCCGGCUUGGAACUGUUCUUGAUGAACAGAAAGAUCAAAGGACCUUGUUGGCUUGAAGUAAAAAAUCCACAGCUCAUAAAUCAGCCGAUCAGCUGGUGUAAAGUUGAGGCAAUGGCUUUGAAACCAGACCUGGUGAAUGUAAUUAAGGAUGUUGGUUCCCCUCCACUUGUGGUGAUGUCUUUCAGCAUGAAGACAGUACAAAAUGCAAAGACACAUGAAAAUGAGAUUAUCGCUGUGGCAGCUUUGGUUCAUCACAGCUUUGCAUUAGAUAAAGCCCCGCCACAGCCUCCCUUUCAGUCACACUUCUGUGUUGUCUCUAAACCAAAGGACUGUAUUUUUCCAUAUGCUUUUGGUGAAGACAUAAAGAAAAAGAAAGUGAAGGUUGAGAUUGCUGCAACAGAAAGGACACUGCUAGGUUUUUUCCUUGCAAAAGUUCACAAAAUUGAUCCUGAUAUCAUUGUGGGUCAUAAUAUUUAUGGGUUUGAACUGGAAGUGUUACUGCAGAGAAUUAAUGUUGGCAAAGUUCCUUACUGGUCCAAGAUAGGUCGACUGAAGCGAUCCAACAUGCCAAAGCUUGGGGGCAGGAGUGGAUUUGGUGAAAGAAAUGCUACCUGUGGCCGAAUGAUCUGUGAUGUGGAAAUUUCGGCAAAGGAAUUAAUUCGUUGUAAAAGCUACCAUUUGUCUGAACUUGUUCAACAGAUUCUGAAAACUGAAAGGGUUGUAAUCCCAGUGGAAAAUAUACGAAAUAUGUACAGUGAACCUUCUCAUCUGUUGUACCUGUUGGAACACACCUGGAAAGAUGCCAAGUUCAUUUUGCAGAUCAUGUGUGAGCUAAAUGUUCUUCCAUUAGCAUUGCAGAUCACUAACAUCGCUGGGAACAUUAUGUCUAGGACGCUGAUGGGUGGACGAGCCGAGCGUAAUGAGUUCUUGUUGCUUCACGCAUUUUAUGAAAACAACUAUAUUGUGCCCGACAAGCAGAUUUUCAGGAAGCCUCAGCAAAAACUGGGAGAUGAAGAUGAAGACAUUGAUGGAGAUGCCAGUAAAUACAAGAAAGGACGUAAGAAAGCAGCUUAUGCCGGAGGCUUGGUAUUGGAUCCUAAAGUUGGUUUUUAUGAUAAGUUCAUUUUGCUUCUGGACUUCAACAGUUUAUAUCCUUCCAUCAUUCAAGAGUUCAACAUUUGUUUUACAACAGUGCAAAGAGUUGCUUCAGAGACACAGAAAGUUACAGAGGAUGAAGAACAAGAACAGAUCCCUGAGCUGCCAGAUCCAGACUUAGAAAUGGGCAUUUUGCCCAGAGAGAUCCGGAAACUGGUAGAGCGGAGAAAACAAGUCAAACAACUCAUGAAGCAGCAAGAUUUAAAUCCAGACCUUUUUCUUCAGUAUGACAUUCGACAGAAGGCUUUGAAGCUCACGGCAAACAGUAUGUACGGCUGCCUGGGAUUUUCCUACAGCAGAUUUUACGCCAAACCACUGGCUGCUUUGGUGACAUACAAAGGAAGGGAGAUUUUGAUGCAUACGAAAGACAUGGUAGAGAAGAUGAAUCUUGAAGUUAUUUAUGGAGAUACAGAUUCAAUUAUGAUAAACACCAAUAGUACCAAUCUGGAAGAAGUAUUUAAAUUGGGAAACAAGGUAAAAAGCGAGGUGAAUAAGUUGUACAAACUGCUUGAAAUCGACAUUGAUGGAAUUUUCAAGUCUCUGCUUCUGCUGAAGAAAAAGAAAUAUGCUGCUCUGGUUGUAGAGCCAACGUCAGAUGGGAACUACGUCACCAAACAGGAGCUGAAAGGAUUAGAUAUAGUUAGAAGAGACUGGUGUGAUCUUGCUAAAGACACUGGAAACUUUGUUAUUGGCCAGAUUCUUUCUGAUCAAAGCCGGGACACUAUAGUGGAAAAUAUUCAGAAGAGAUUAAUAGAAAUUGGAGAAGAUGUGCUAAAUGGCAGUGUCCCAGUGAGCCAGUUUGAAAUUAACAAGGCAUUGACAAAGGAUCCUCAGGAUUACCCUGAUAAAAAAAACCUACCUCACGUACAUGUCGCCCUCUGGAUAAAUUCUCAAGGAGGCAGAAAGGUGAAAGCUGGAGAUACCGUGUCAUAUGUCAUAUGUCAGGAUGGGUCAAACCUCAGUGCAAAUCAGAGGGCCUAUGCACCUGAGCAGCUGCAGAAGCAAGACAAUUUAACCAUUGACACCCAAUACUACCUGGCCCAGCAGAUCCACCCAGUUGUGGCUCGGAUCUGUGAGCCGAUAGAUGGAAUCGAUGCUGUCCUCAUUGCAACAUGGUUAGGACUCGACCCCACCCAAUUUAGAGUACAUCAUUAUCAUAAAGAUGAAGAGAAUGAUGUUCUACUUGGUGGCCCAGCACAGCUCACCGAUGAGGAGAAAUACAGGGACUGUGACAGAUUCAAAUGUCCCUGCCCUGAAUGUGGAACUGAGAAUAUUUACGAUAGUGUCUUCGAGGGUUCGGGAACCGAUGUGGAGCUCAGCUUGUAUCGUUGCAGUAACAUCAACUGUAAGGCUUCACCUCUGAACUUCAUGGUACAGCUGAGCAACAAAUUGAUCUUGGAUAUUAGACGUUACAUUAAAAAAUACUACGAGGGCUGGUUGAUCUGUGAGGAGCCAACAUGUCGGAAUCGAAUUCGGCACCUUCCCCUUCAGUUCUCCCGAAAUGGACCUCUUUGCCAAGUCUGCAUGAAAGCUACGCUUCGACCAGAGUAUUCUGACAAGUCCCUGUACACCCAGCUGUGCUUUUACCGGUACAUUUUUGAUGUGGAAUGUGCACUGGAGAAACUUACUACCGAUCAUGAGAAAGAUAAAUUGAGGAAGCCGUAUAUUACCACCAAAGUUCGUCAGGACUACAAAAACCUCAAGAACAUAGCAGAGCAGUUUUUGUCCCAAAGUGGCUACACCGAAGUGAACCUCAGCAAACUCUUCAUGGAUUGCGCUGUGAAAUGCUGAGGACCUUUGAGGGAUCCGCAGCAGCCGCCCGGCGCCUGGCUCCAUCGCCGGGGCCCUAACUGCUGCUCUGCUUCACUUUUCCUUGGGGACUGCAUCUCGUGUUUGUGUGCUUGUGGCUUGGGAGGGGAAUUAUUAAAAGGGACUGCAAAAAUAGGUAACACACCAAGCAUCAGGGAAAAUCAAAAGAGCCUUCCUCUUACAGUGACCACGUGCUGUUGAAGCAUGGCCCUGUAGCCCUCUGCAAUGCACCUGAAGAGCUAGCUGCUUUGGAUUCCGAAUUCGGGACUGGAUUUCCAGGGGAGGGGGGUCAGCGAGGGAAGGGAAGUUAAUUGAGAGUGGCUGGAAUGCAAGUGACCGUAGGCUUUGCCCCAGGGCCUUCAGUAGAGCUGCCCCCACCAGGAGGGGUUCGUGGAGUCUGGUAGGAGCGCUAACAUUUUGCCUUUUCACACGCCAAUUAAACCCGGGCUCAACCCAAGUGCUUCCCAGCCACCGGCUCCGGGAGUGGCUGUCCUUUUCAGUCUUGUCUUUUAUAUACGUAGUCAAGGGGGGGGGGAUUUCGAAGCCUUGUGCUCACUAAAUAGAUUAAACAGCUUGUUUAUUGAAUUGCUCCAAAGUCCAGCACACACAGGCACAUGCGUGCUUGGCAGGUGUUUUACACUCACAUUCUUUUUUUCCCCCUUAAAUAGGAAAUCCAGGUAAAGGUUUAUACAGUGGGAAAGCACAUUUAAAAUAAUUUGAUACCUAUAACAUUUCAUAAAAACAUGUAGAGUUUGGGGCGAGGAUCAUUGUACUAUAUACAGAGGGGUGGUUAAUUGGUUAAUUGCCUCCGGUGCUAUUUUUCUCAUUUCUUCUUUGCCAGAAGCUAAGCAUACUUCAGUAUAGCAGUCUUACCUUUCUUAAUCAUUGAUAAGUUUAUACUACUAACAAAAUACAUUUCCCCGGUACAGCUAUGCUUUAUUUUU